UCGACUUUUCGAGCAGUUCGUUCAUCUUAGAAGACCUUGACUUGUCAUCGGAACCAACUAUGUCUUCCCAAAGAGCCAACCCCCCCGAUGGCUGGAGUGUAGCCGAUGAGGAUAUGCAAAUUAGCCUCUACUGGGGAGACGUGGGCGAAGGAAAACUCGCAGCAAAUACCGUCGGUCUGAACGCCCCGCAGCCUGUGAUGAUCAAAAGCCGUGACACUGGAGGAGACGCUUACGUCUUCACGUCGGGUGACAAAGUCUAUCUCUGGAACAUGACGAUGGGAAAUGUGUGGCAAUACACGAAGCCCGCCGACCUAGACGGGCUUCUGACUGAGAUGAGAAAGCCGGCAGGGACAAACGAUGUGGAUAUGGAGUUGGUGCAUCAGGUCGUGUAAGCUGAGAUGUCAGUUACAAGAAUAACAACAACAACGAAGAAGGCCUAAAGCGGCAGGUAGUCAUUCAUCUAGACUGUUAGCAAUCUAAGACUGCAACUCUCUCUCUCUCUCUCUCUCGGAACAUACUUUCCAGACUUGUAGUGAGGGGAUUCCA